UAUGAUUUCAAAGCCGGUAAGGGUCCAGAGAGCGAUGACAUGAUAUUCGAGCUUUUGACGAUGUAAGAGCUCCGUAUCCUGUACAACAACGACGACUUCGACUUCCUCUGAAAGCUGCACAUUGCAAUCAUGACAAUACCUCCUUUCGAGACCACCUUUGCGGUGCCAAUGACCUGCGAGUCAUGCAUUAAAGACAUCUCUGGCUCGCUGUACAAGCUCAAUGGUAUCAACAAAGUCACAGCAAGUCUUCAAGAUCAGCUCGUGUCAAUUGAGGGCACUGCAUCGCCGUCGGCCAUUGUUGCUGCCAUUCAGGACACCGGCCGUGACGCCAUUCUCCGUGGAAGCGGCAGGUCAAAUAGUGCUGCGGUAUGCAUCUUGGAAACGCACUCUCUUCAGGUGCAGAAUAAGGUGCGGGGUUUAGUCCGCAUGGUGCAGGUCGCACAGGACGUCACCAUCGUGGAUCUGAGCAUCAAAGGGCUGUCUCCUGGUACGUACCACGCGACGGUUCGCGAGCGGGGAGACAUCUCCCAGGGCCCAGAGUCUACGGGGCCGAUCUGGGAGGGCCUCAAGACGCAAGAAGGCAAGCUGGGUCGGGGCGUGUUCGGGACGGUCGAGGUGGGAAAGGGAGGCGUCGGAUCCGUGUUCCUGGACAGGCCGAUUCAGAUCUGGGAGAUGAUCGGCCGCAGCAUUGUGGUAGCGAGGCAGCAGGAUGGGAAAUUCGACAAAAACGAUGCUGACACGCUCGUGGGGGUGAUUGCGCGGAGUGCAGGCGUGUGGGAUAACAACAAAACGGUGUGCUCAUGUUCCGGGAAAACGGUAUGGCAGGAGCGGGAAGAGCAAGUCGGGCGUGGCAUGCUAUGAGGGAGAUGCAGACACAAGUUUAAUGUCCAUACCGUUCAGUACCCUACCGUGGCGUACCGUACCGUACCUGGUACCGCAGUACAUACUCGUAGAUACAAACCUGGGUUUCUGCACGGUAGGUGGUGAACUGCCGGCAGCCAGCUGCAGGAGGUUUGGAUGAUUCCAAAUGUGAAGCGGUAGAUGGAUACCAAGCUUUCGAGGUCAAGGAGCUCAAGAGAGAGUAGUUAGAGAUUUCAAUGAUAAGAGACUCGAGGAUGGAGAAUGAGCGUGAUGAUUGAAGGGGUUGUCUUAAUUUUCGUGAGAACGGCCAUUAUUCGAGACGUGCCAUGGCUUUUGGGAGACGAGGCUUGAAUUCAGGCCGAAACAGGCAG